AUGGCGGCUGCGGCUCCAGAUCGUGGUGCAGACGGAGGGGGGGCUGAACCCGAGCCUGACACCAGCGCCGGGACGGAACCCGGGCGGAUCGUUAAGAGAGAGCCCGAGGUGAAGCUCCUCAGCCGAGUUUGCGGCGUGGAGCCCCUCUCGUGGUCCGAAGACCACCGGGUAUCGGCGUGUUGUGCUAGCAGCACUGCUGUAAUGGAGAUCUUGCCCGACGUUUACAAUUUCAGCCAAGACCUGGUCAUCCAUCGGACGUCCAUCCCCGUGCCGAAUGAUGUGCAUGUGCUAAAGGUGGGCCCCGAGGGAGAGGUGCAGGAGGUGAAGGAGAAGCUCGCGGGCUCGCCGGACCCGACGGUCAGACAGCCCUUCCUGCUGGACCGGGUCAUGAACCCGGUCGUGGGGGCGCUGCCGCCCAUGCUGGGCGUGAAGUACGCCAGCUGGUCUCCUCUGGGCUGCGACGCUAGCGGCCGCUGCCUGCUGGCCACCCUCACGCUGGACGGCAGGCUCGUCGUGCACAGCUGCAACGGCCGGCUGCAGUGGCGCCCCCUGCUGGACCUGAGCGAGGCGUACGGGGAGCUGCUGGCGGAGGCCGACUACUCGCUGCCGGGGGCGGAGCCUCCGCUGGGCCCGCCGGGCGACCCGGCCGAGCUGCGGCGGCGGUACGCCAUGCAGACGCCCGUGCGCAUGGAGUGGUCGGGCGUCUGCGGCACGCAGCAGGUGCAGCCCAACAACGAGUGCCGGGAUGUGGGCAGCGUGCUGCUGGCGGCGCUGAUGGAGAACGGGGACAUCGCCGUCUGGCACCUGGCCGUGCCCGUGCUGGGGCGGGACUCGGUGGUGUCCUGCAGCACCCUCCGCUCGGGCGUGCCCUCCCCCAGCGCGCUGGCCUGGUGGGAGUUCGACCACGGCGGGCUCAGGAUGACCGGGCUGAUCGUGGGCAGCUCGGCGGGGCCGCUGCGGCUGCUGCCGGUGAAUCUGAAGGCGGUGAAGGGCCGCUUCACGCUGCGCAAACCCAUGCUGCUGUGCGAGGAGGCGGACCUGAUCCCCGUGCACAGCAUUCGCUGCGUCUCGCUCUUCCACCCGCACCAGAAGGUCAACUGCAGCCUGGUGCUGGCGGCCCGCGGGCCCUACCUGUGCUGGUGCCUGCUGCUCAUCUCCCGGGCCGGGCUGAGCAUGUACCGCUCGCACGUGACGGGGCUGCACUCCGGCCCCAUCGCCGCCGUGACCGCCGCCCGCCACGGGGACGGCUCCGUCUUCACCUGCUCGGCGGACGACGGCGUGCGGAAGCUGACGCCCGUCUUCACGCAGGUGGCGGUGACAUUCCGGCAGGAGCGGCUGGAACUGCCGGAGGGCGUGGCGGGGCGGCGGGUGUACGGCGUGGCCGUCAGCCCCAACGGCGCCUACCUGGCGCUGGUCACCUCCGAGGGCAUGGCCAACCGGCUGCACCCGGUCAGCCGCAGCUACCAGGUGCAGCUGGUGGCGCUGAAGACGCCGGAGGAGGCGGAGGCGGAGCUGCUGCGGUCCGGCGCGCAGAGCCUGUUCCGGCAGAUGGACCUGCUGGACCUGGUGCGCUGGAAGGUGCUGCAGGAGAAGCGCAUCGACCCGGCGCUGCAGGCAGAGCUGGACGGCCAGGUGCGCGCCUCGGGGUCCGCCUACCUGCAGCGGCUGCAGCUCUUCCUGCUGCGCGUGCUCUACCAGUCCCUGCAGAAGGCCCCGUCCGAGGCGCGCUGGCGGCCCUCACUCGACAGUGCCAAGGUGUUCGUCGGGGACGAGGAGGAUGAGGAGGAGGAGGGGGAGGGGGAGGAGGAGGAUGGCGAGGGGGCAGGAGGCGGGGCCUCAGAGGGGGCGGGCUCCCAGGACCGAGGGGGCGGGGCCGCCAAAGAGCAGGUGAGAGAGAUCACGGAGAGGAUCGAGGCGAUGGAGACCCAGCUGGUGCGCGAGCACAUGAAGAAGGUGCUGGGGGAAGUGUACCUGCACACCUACAUCGGCGAGAACACCAGCAUCCCCACCAGGGGUGUGUGCGACUUCCUGCAGAGUGAUCCCACCUACGAGGACAGGGCCACCAAGGUUCUGAUUGGCCACAUCUUCAAGAAGAUGAACAAGCAGACGUUCCCUGAGUACUGCAGUCUGUGCAGGGAGGUGCUUCCCUUCAGCGACUGCCGGCUGGCCAUGUGCAGCAACGGCCACGUGUGGAUCAGGUGCGUGCUGACGCUCCAGGCCAGCCAGGACGUGACGCAGCGGCGCUGUCUCCUGAAGGACAGCAUCGCCAGGUACCCCCUGCCCGAAGACCCAGACUGGAUGAAGAGGUUGUUGCAGGGUCCCUGCAUCUUCUGCGACUGCCCGCUCUUCUAGCGGGUCGGCCCGACAGUUUGCUGCAGGUUCCCGCCAUGCUCGCUGCCUUCAGCUGUGAUUAAUGACACUUGAAUGUGAUUGCACUGCCCCCCUCUUUCAGAAAGCGGAGUCUGAGUCCCCCUCAGCGGCCAUGCUGCAGGUGAGCGCCAAGGAGCCUCCGAAAUGCAAGCCGUUCCGGCUUCAAAGUCUGUCUCAUUCUCAGAACCGCACAGGGGACUCUUGUUCCGUACCCCCCCCCCAAACCCCCAAAGCACUUACACAGCACUUUACGAAAGAAUGCAAACAAUAGUUUGAAGCGUUUUUUUUUUUUCUUUCCCUCUUCCCUGUUAAGGCCAGGGAGAAGAAGCGCCUUCCUCUCUCAAAUUGCCUCAUGGUUGGAGCAAAUGUGUUUGAAGGUUGAUGUGAAAGUGAGGACAGAAAAAAAAAAUGAAAACGACAACAACAGAAAAAAAAAAAUUUGGAACAGUCUUUCAGUCACUCACUGCAUAUGCUGAGAGAUGGCCACUUCGGGCAGAUGAGAGAGAGAGAGAGAAGUGAGUUUUAAGACUGACUCCGUCCCCCCGUGGGCCUAGUUUCUAAUGAGAUUCUGCCAUAAUGAGGGACAGCUCGGCUCCUAGCGGCAGACGCGCCACUAAUUCUAAUGAAAGGGAUGUGCACGGGGGGGUUAAGAGUGCACAUUGUUAAAUGUGAUUAACCCUUGUUUGAUAACAGGGGCCGGGGGAGAUGCGCGUCCGCUGUGUACCCCCUCAUAACCGCCCCCCCAA